AUGUCGUUUUGGUCUCUCGUGUUUCCAUCUCCUCCUUCCUUGUCUGCUAAACCCAAUCCUCUCAAUGGCUACGGGAAAAUCGAUCGUUUUCUCGUCCGAGCUUCUUCCGAUGUUCCCGAUUUCCUCUCUGCUGAUUGGUUGGAGAGUCGUAGGAAACGUCCUUUUGGCCCCAGACUUGAUUUUAGUGCGGAAGAAGCUGUGGGACAUCAGCUUGAUGCAUUGAAGUAUAAUGACCAUCCUCGUGAUGACUAUGGUAUCGAGGUCAUGUACAGGUUUGCUGGAUUCGACCCGUUUGAGAGAUCUACUUAUUUCGGUCCUUUCUUUGAUCUUGGACAGUUUGAAAGGUUUAGGCGUAUCUUUCAUCAUUCGUCUUACCGUGUGUUGCUUGGUCACAAGGAUAGGAAAAUCUUGAGCAGUUUGUUCGUUGAAGAAAGUCGUUUCAAGCAGAGGGUUUGGAUUCAAGGAAAUCGACCCGAGGAAGAAGAGAUCUUUGAAUUCACAAUGUUCCAGCGGAUAGGCGGUUCAUGGGAUGGUUAUUGGUUGACAGAGAGCUUGCUUCACGACGGAGAUGUGUUCUCAGGAGGCAUGGCUUACUGA